CCUCCUCGUCUCACUCGCUUUACUCCUCUUCGCACUUGCUGGCUCACUUGGGUUCCAGUCCAAUUGUAAUCCUAUUCCGAAUCCUUAACCAGAAUGUCAAACCCUAAAGUCUUCUUCGACAUGUCCAUCGGCGGUAGCCCUGCCGGCCGUAUCUGCAUGGAGCUCUACGCAGACACGACUCCCCGCACCGCCGAGAACUUCCGCUCACUCUGUACCGGCGAGAAAGGCGUCGGAAGGAGCGGCAAGCCCUUGCACUUCAAAGGAUCGACCUUCCACCGCGUGAUCCCCGGUUUCAUGUGCCAGGGAGGCGACUUCACCGCCGGAAACGGCACCGGAGGCGAGUCGAUCUACGGAUCCAAGUUCGAGGAUGAGAACUUCAUCAAGAAGCACACUGGUCCAGGGAUUUUGUCCAUGGCUAACGCCGGACCCAACACCAAUGGCUCUCAGUUCUUCAUCUGCACCGACAAGACCGCAUGGCUCGACGGCAAGCACGUCGUGUUCGGCCGUAUCACGGAGGGUAUGGAUGUGGUGAAGGCGGUUGAGCAGGUUGGGUCUUCUUCUGGAAGGACCUCCAAGCCGGUGGUGAUCUCCAACUGCGGCCAGCUUUCUUAGAUUUGGGUUUUUUGGGGGUAAUUUGAUGUUUUAGACAUCAAGGAGGUCUUGUAAUAAAUAAUGGCCGAAUCACCUUUUUUUUUUCCCUAUCUACCCUUCUGUAUCCUGUUUUGAGUGUUGGUGGGUUUUGAGUCCUUCGGUUUUGGGACUUGAAAUUGGAUUGGGAGGCUGACCACCACACUAUUAUCCGUCUAUCAUUAAUGCGGUUGUGGUCCUGUUACUGCUGUGUUUGACCUUUUUUUUUUCCUUAAUGUGGAAGGUUAGUGCGCUUAAUUAUGAAAUAAUUGGUGUGUUCAGGGUUUUGUAAAUUUGAGAUUAAUUGCUUAUGGUUGUUUAA